CGGAACCUCUGUUUUGCAUACUAAUAUCUGAUGAGACCAGUAUGAUAUGAGAAACCAACUUUAUCUCACCCUCGAUCUCAUACUUUUUUUAAUCAUGGAGAAUAAUUACUCAACUCCCAUCUCCCCUCAAUCGCCUAACGUCUUUCGACCCCGCCGAUCGGAUGACUGGCACGAAUACCGUGAAAUCAUCGAACAACUCUACCGCAACGACCAGUUGAAACUACGCGAUGUGAAACGCAUCAUGGAAAGGGAUUAUAAGUUCUUUGCAUCAGAAAAACAAUACAAAGAUCGUCUUGCUGCAUGGCAUGUUCGAAAGAACAUCAAAGCCAAAGAAGUCCAUCUCAUGCUCCGCAAGCAACAGAAGCGCGCCGCCCAAGGCAAACAGACAGCCUUCCGGGUAAAUGGCCAAAAUGUCGAUCCAAAACGUAUCGCCCGCUUCGUGCGUCGUUAUGGGACAUCAUGGGAUACCAACCGAGGCAAAGAACCAGAGACUGAGCCACAAAGCCCCGAACCUCAAACACCCUCCGACAUGACCUGCUAUACACCAGAACCAACAGACGAACACAGCGUCACAACGCCCAUCUCACCACUACCCGACAUGCAAUCGCCAACCCGAGAGAUGCCACCCUACCCACUCGGCUCAUACGGUAAAUCCAUGGCCGUUCCGGUGAGUGUGAGUGUACCGAAUGAUAUUGAUGGAAGAUAUCUCGCUCUAGACCCAAACCACCUCGAAAACCUUCCCGAUCUGGAACUGGAAGAAAGCCCCGCCAUUCCGCUAUCUAUGCACCCAAACCAACCCCGCCAUAUCCAGUCCUACCACCAUUCAAUAGGCAACCACCUCUCACAUGGUGCACAUGCCUCUCACAGCUCCCAUGGUUCGCAUGGUGUACACGGUACUCACUCUGCUCAUACUGCUCACCCUGUUCAUACUCCUCACACUGCGCAUGGUCACCCUGGACCGGCACCGCGGGAUCUAGAGGAUGCUCCUAGUGAAGCCGAUACCCAUCCGCCUGACUGGAAUACGGUUGAGUCGUUCCAGACGAGGUUGCAGGAUUUGGAUUUCACGCUUACGCAGUCGAUGUCGAAGUGGGCUAGGGAUCAGGAUCCUAACCAUGAGCCUCCUCAUCAUGAGGGAUUGGGGAUGUGAUUUUGAUGGUUUUGGUUUUGAUUGAGACUCUUGUUUCUUUUUUUUUUCUUUUCUCUCGAUUGCUUCAUUUGCUUUCUAUCAUAUCUUGAUUUCCCCCCUUUCCCAUCAGCGUGUUAGCCUGUUUUCUUUCUCUUCUCUCGUCUGUUUCUCUAUGUAUAUGGUUCCCGUGCUCUGUUCCCAUCCUCAUCUCCCCUCCAAACAUAGCCCAGGGGAGGAAGACUCAUAGCAAGGGCGUUCUUAUUAUGGAUUCUUCGCGUUUUAGAUUGGUGAUCUAUGCAUUAUGGCAUUUGACUUUCUGUAUAUCUUGCAAGUGUGCUGGCUAUCAAGUAUGGGUAGCACGAGAAGGGGGGACACGUCUCAGCUCCACAACAACGAUACAUUUCCAUCCGCUCGACCGACAUUAUCCUCCUCGAACCAACACCCCGGCUCCAGUCCUAGUCUCAGCUAUGUCUCACCCGACACAACAUUUCUCAGGCACAACCCUGGAAACUACUGUUCUGCAACCCUCCUCUCGAAUCUCUGCCCAACUCUUCUACCACACAACCCCAGCCCUGUCGGCUAUUACCCCGACCAACCCCGGCCAAUUCACCGUUCGAUCCCACAAUCAUACUUCACUUCACCCCGCCAGAGAAAAUCGAGGGUGUACCAGCCCCACGGCCCCGCCUCUCCCUCCAGGAUACCCCAUGCACAACGUAUACCAGAUGGACACGACCAAGACCCGCAAACCACGUUUGAACGGAGUAUCUCAGACAGCUGCCAGGUCAUCGUUGGAACUUAUCGUAAAACACUUCUACUCUAUCUACUCUAUUAUACCUACUCGCUGUGUAUGUAUA